GUCAGGUGCUUGUUUGUGUUUAUUUGUAUUAGUAAACAACAAAAUUCAAAUUUCUUUUACUUUGACUUUUUAGUUAGUUUCAUGCUUUCAUACUACAAGAUGAUAGAAGAUCCUCUAUGAAAAACCGUUUAGAAACUGGACAGCAAUAAAUUCUCCAAAAUGAAUGUUGAGGUUAGUGAAACCACUGAUGUUGAUCAAGAGCCCUCAGAAGCGCCCCCCACAACGGAACUUAGUGAAAACGACUCAAAUAUAGAGGAUUCAGACAACGAUCUACGAAUCGUUUCUCCAGUAAAAUCCUCGAGCCCUACAAUAACACCCCAACAAGAACAAUUUAUCAUAGACAGCAUCGAAAACGAAAUUGGAAAGCAGCUGGACGAGAAGGUCGUAAAGAAUAAUUUGACUGUUACUAAUGUAGCGCCCCCGACAACCGAACUUAGUGAAAACGACUCAAAUGUAGAGGAUUCAGACAACGAUCUACGAAUCGUCUCUCCAGUGAAAUCUUCGAGCCCUACAAUAACACCCCAACAAGAACAAGUCAUCAUUGAUAGCAUCGAAAACGAAAUUGGAAAGCAGCUGGAUGAGAAGGCCGAAAAGAAUAAUUUGACUGUUACUAAUGUGAAAUCGAUUAUAAGACAAGUUUUGACCAAUGAACAUGUUAGAGCAUUGUUCGGGAAAGAUGAUUCUGUACCAAUACCUUAUGAACCAAAAUUGACCAGAGCUAAAGCCAAAGAAUUAUUAACAUCAAAUGGGAUACCAGUUCCAACAGUCAUUCCAUGGGUGCCUCUGCCUCCACCUUCCGAAACUCAUAUUUUAAUUGGAGAAGAUCUCAAAGAAGACGAUUCUGGAGAUGAAUAUUAUCCAGGCAAAGAAAGCGAAGAUGACAAAGACGCUGCAAGUGAAUCAGAUAUUGGUUCCUUGCCACCUCCAACUCCACCAAGUAUAGUAACAGAAGAUCAUGCCACUCAAACUAUUAACAUAUAUAGUGAAGAUGGAAUGUUCAAAAUUCCACUACCAAAAACAGCACAGGAAAGACAAGCUGAAGAACAGGCCAAUGUUGCCCUUAGAACACGUUCUAAGAUAAAUUUAAGCUCUACUCCCCUUGAUGUCAUAGAAAAAGAUUUUGUUUUUCCAGAUAUUACAAUUGAAGACUUGUGUGAUACCAGUGAUAAUAAUGAAAAUUUGGAUUGUGAUGAUGAUGAUUGGGCAGAGUUUUUAAAAGGGUUUGCUUGUCCACUUGAAGAAGAUUCUAAACCUAAAGAGGACGAUGAAGAACAUGAUCCUGAAUAUAAUUUUCUAGCUGAUGAGGAUAUUAAUCGCAUCGAUAAAGAUGAUUAUCGUGAAGACUUUCGUGUAGAUAAAGCUGUCAAAAUAACCAAAAAAGAAGUAAGAGGUCUGUGGGACGAAUUAUUUGAAUAUUUUGAUCAAUUAUCAGACGCCGAUGACGAAAAGCCCAAAACCAAUCAAGUUGUGCUAGAUUCUCUGGCACAAUUUGUUGUAAAUUUGGAUGAAACUAGUCAGGAGCCUUCAACGUCAGUUUUACAAGAAUCAAAUAAACCAAUGUUUGAUGUGAAUAUAAGUUACCAUCAGCUUUGCGCAAUCGAGCAACAAAUGAGACAACAUGUGCAAAUGUUGACGCAAAACUAUUUCCUUACUUACGAACAUCCUGAGUUUCAUAAUUACAGUGUAAAAUUGAAGGAAUAUCUGUUAAAUUUAAAGUUUCUCAGUGAAGGAAAAUCAUUUUCUGUGUUUCGACCUGUUAAUUUGAUUCCUGCCUUGGAACUUGUGGAUAAUUGGACUCAAUUAUUUGCCACCAAUUCUAUUGAGGUAGUGAGAACUAAAAAUCACGUUCAACAACAACUUUUGAAAUCAAUUCAAAAUAAAAUGGCAGGAGAUUGGAAUUAUGUAGUUACAUUUCCUAAACUCCUAAUAGAAACUAUUUUAAAUAGCAAAGUAUUUUUGUUUCCCUCAAUGCUGCCCAAAAUUCCUUUCAAAUCUUCACAAUUUUCUGGGCCAAAGCGUGCUUUUAGUGAGGCGGAAGAUCGCUUAUUAGUCUUCGGCUUAGAUAUGUUCAAAAAAUACCUCACAGAAGAAGUCAAAAUGAAAACGAAUAUGAAACUGCUUGUCAGCUAUGUACAAGAAUAUAUGAUGCCUCACCGAAAUACAAUGGCCAUGUUAAAACAUGUAAAUCAAAGUAAACAUCAAAGAUGUGCUACUAAUCCAAUUCAACAAUAUGUUUUACGUGGAUUAGUAGAACCAAUAAUACACUAUAUUUAUCCCUUGAACCAAAUUGUGCCGCCUAGUCAGAGACCAGAUGAAUUACCUGUGUUGUGGAGGGAAUUUCUCUAUAAAAACAGUAAUAUGAAUCAGACAAGAGAAAUCGUAUUGAUUACCUACCCCUACAAUUUUAACACCGCCGUGCAGGCUAAAAAAAUAAGAAAAAUAAGGCCGAAAUCAAACUACAAACCUAAAGAACUCGAUUCAUUUGAUACUUCUACAGACAGUAUCAGUAGCAAAACUAAUGAAACACUAAAUACUAGCGUAACUACUAUUGAAAAAUUGUUAGCUAUAUGCUUAGUACCUGUGGAAACCCGAAAGCUUGUAAGGUUUCUAGCCGACUUGGAUGAUAAGCAACCCGCAAGCCCUGAACGAGCAACUGUGAAUAAAACUUCAAACAUGAAUAGUAUGCCCAAUCUUAAUACACCUGUAAAAAAUAUGGAAGGAAACAAACAAAAUGAAACCCGAGAAGAUACUGUUACAUCAACAACUCCUGAACUGAUAGCAAGUUCAGCAGGUCUGAAAAAACCCGAAACAGUAACUUCUAGUACAAUAAAUCCAAAAGAAAAAGUUACAAAAAAUUUGGAGUUUUCAACAAUUACAAGCAGUACCUUUCAAAGUUUGGAAGUCAACACAGAAGUGGAAUUUUGUAGGAAUUCUGAAGAUGUUCAAAUAUGCCAGACAUCACAGUCGGUGGAAAAUUCUACUGCCUGUAGUUCAGAACCCACAACAUCUACAAAAGAUAGUCUAAAAGAUAUGAAUGCCCUUAUGGUUGCCAGUUCCACCUUAAAGCCAAAUAUUAGAAAAGAACCAUCUGGAGCUGAAAAAAAGAAGAAUAAGUUAAAAAAGGAUUUUUUGGCCAAUUUAUCUAUCGCAACACCUGACGAUCCUGAAACUGAAAAGCAUAAGAACGAAAUGUUUGCUGUAGCCUAUUAUGAUAAACUCCGUGCAACUCUUGAACUUGACGACUACCACAAAGUGAUGCAGAUUUUAAACGAUUUCGAAUCUGGAGACGUAAUAGACUUGUAUAAUAAUGUACAAGCCAUUCUUCGUCCAAAAUACAUGGAACUUGCUGAAGAAUUUCUAUUUUUCCUUAGAGAAAAGGAAGCCAGUCUUGUAGGACAACUGAUUCCUUGGAUAAACUUACAAGCAAGGGUACAAUUUUUGCGAAAAUUGGAAAUCUACAUGAAGGACCAACCGUCGCAGCUCAAAAAGAUUUAUAAUAGUCUAAUGGAGCUUACAAAAUGCGAUAAUUUAUCUAUGGACAAAGUUAAAUCUACAUUAGUGCCAAUGUUUAAGGGCAAUGCAAUCUUGUAUGAUUUGUUUAUACAGAAUUUUAUGGAUGAAAGACCUCCGCCAAGUCUUUUGGAAGGUCCUUAUGAAACAAUCGAUAUAAAUAAAGAAAUGGCUCGACCAGAUAAUGAAGAGUUAUACGAAACCUUUGUUGUUCCCAAUACAGAAGAUAAAUAUGGAGGGCAAAAUUGCAUAUGCCAUUGUCAUAAAAUCGAAGAUAAUGAAUAUAAAAGUAGAUAUAAACAUUGUAAUACUUGUGGUCUUAAGUUUGUUAAUGGAGCAUUGUAUUUGUCAACUGGAAGAAUAUUUCAACCGGCUACUGUAACAUUCAAAACCAAUCCUCAUGUAAAUCAUAAUUUACGUUUGAUGGGGAAGUCGGCUAUUUCUGCUACUAGUACUAGUCAUAGAAAGAAAAGGUCUGAUACUAGUCCCAGUAAACUAGCUGCUGGUUCAAGUGGAAAGGAGAAUUUGGAAGAAGAUACAGAAGAUGAAGAAUUAGGUAAAAGAAAGCGUCCAGUAUCGCAAAGAGCGCCAAGAAAACGUAAAAAGAUUGAUACCGCUAAACCUGCUUCUUCAAAAAAAUCACCGGUUAGAAGCAGUGAAACUUCAGAAGUUCAGAAAGACAAUAUCAAACCAAGAAAACGCACAUAUUCUGGUAAAAGAGCCAAAAAAGAUGCAACCAAAAUUGAAAAAACUGAAAUACCCAAAAAAGUGGAAGCUGCGCCUGAAAAACAACCAGAAGAAUGCGAAAUAAUCGCUGAUGUUGAAUAUAUUGAAGAUAUACCCAAAAAAGAUUUUGCAACAGCUAUUCCUGUAACAGAAGAAGAAUUUGCUGAUGAAGGUGAGAGUGUAAGCAAACAGAAAUUCAACACAAUACCCGUGUAUGUAACAGAAGAAGAGUUUAUAACAGCUGAUGAAGUUGAACAUACAGAAGAAGAACUUGGCAUUGAAGAAAGCGAACAUGAAAUUGGUGAAGACCACCAGGACCAAGAAAAACCCGAUGAAUGCAUGGAUUCUUCAGGAGAAUCUUUGGAAAAACCUUUAACACCCGGCCAACAAACAGCAGAAUCAGAAAAUGAAGUUUAUCUUGAGGAAUCUUCUCAAGACAAUUAUGCAUCUGACGAUACUAGCUCUUCAACAGAAAGUCUUAAAGAGAGUGACAGCAACACAAACGAUGAACAACCGUGGAGGCGAGAGGAAGAUACCAUAAUUUUAGAAAGUAUACAGAAAGAAGACGAUAAAGAAUAUGCUCUUCAAAUUAUAUCUGAUAAAUUACCUAAUAGGACUGUAGGACAGAUUAGGAGCCGACUUUCUAGGCUUAUGGAUUUGUUGAUUGAGACUUUGAAGAGUACUUAAGAGAUGGGUGAAUUCACCAAUUUUAAUAAAAUUUGCUAUGGAGAAAUUAUGUAUAAGAUGGCUCAUAAAUUGUAUAAGAAUAAUUAUUUGUGAUUUAAUGUAUGACUCAAGUGAUUUGUUUAAUAAUAAUUAAAUUAUUUUGUUGAUAA